GGCGCGAGGCGGGGCGGGGCGGGCGGCGCUGGUGCGGCCGGCAGCCGUGCCCGGGCGGCGGCCCCCAGCGCGGCGGCAGCACCGCCCCCGCGCCGCGCUCCGCGCUCCCCGCCGCUCGCCCUGCGCCCCGGCCCGGCCCGCUCCGCUCCGCCCGGGGCGCGCCCGUCCCACCCCGCCCCGCCGCGGGGCCCGCUCCGCCGGCGGCGCGCGUGCAGCUGCGCUGCGCCCUUUCGCUUUCCCCCUUUUCCAUUAUUUCUUUGAUUUUUGGUUUAUUUUCUUCUCCCCUCGCGGCGGGCAGCAUGGGGCUGCCGGCGCUGGAGUUCAGCGAGUGCUGCCUGGACAGCCCGCAGUUCCGGGAGCGCCUCCGCUCCCACGAGGCCGAGCUGGAGAAGACCAACAAGUUCAUCAAGGAGCUCAUCAAGGACGGGAAGUCGCUCGUCGCCGCCCUCAAGAAUCUGUCUUCAGCCAAGCGGAAGUUUGCAGAUUCCCUGAACGAAUUCAAAUUCCGCUGCAUCGGUGAUGCCGAGACGGAUGACGAGAUCUGCAUAGCCAAAUCCCUCCAGGAGUUUGCCACCGUUCUCCGGAACCUGGAAGACGAGCGGAUGCGCAUGAUCGAGAACGCCAGCGAGGUGCUCAUCACGCCGCUGGAGAAGUUCCGCAAGGAGCAGAUCGGCGCCGCUAAGGACGCCAAAAAGAAAUACGACAAGGAGACUGAGAAGUAUUGUGGUGUCCUCGAAAAGCAUUUAAACCUGUCUUCUAAGAAGAAAGAAUCCCAGCUCCAGGAGGCAGACAGCCAGGUGGACCUGGUUCGGCAGCACUUCUACGAAGUCUCCCUGGAGUAUGUCUUCAAGGUGCAAGAGGUCCAGGAAAGGAAGAUGUUUGAGUUCGUGGAACCCCUGCUGGCCUUUCUGCAGGGGCUUUUCACCUUCUACCACCACGGCUACGAGCUCGCGAAGGACUUCAGCGACUUCAAGACGGAGCUGACGAUCAGCAUCCAGAACACAAGAAAUCGCUUUGAAGGAACGCGGUCGGAGGUUGAAUCGCUGAUGAAGAAGAUGAAGGAGAAUCCCCACGAGCACAAGAAUAUCAGCCCGUACACCAUGGAGGGCUACCUCUACGUGCAGGAGAAACGUCACUUUGGGACUUCGUGGGUGAAGCACUACUGUACGUAUCAGCGGGAGUCCAAGAAGAUAACGAUGGUACCGUUCGACCAGAAGUCUGGCGGCAAAGGGGGCGAAGACGAAGCUGUUAUCCUCAAAUCGUGCACACGACGGAAAACCGACUCCAUCGAGAAGAGGUUUUGCUUCGACGUGGAAGCCGUGGACCGGCCCGGCGUGAUCACCAUGCAGGCGCUCUCCGAGGAGGACCGCAGGCUGUGGAUGGAGGCGAUGGACGGCCGGGAGCCGGUCUACAACUCCAACAAGGACAACCAAAGCGAAGGCACUGCCCAGCUGGAUAAUAUCGGCUUCAGCAUCAUCAAGAAAUGCAUACAUGCUGUUGAAACAAGAGGGAUCAAUGAGCAAGGGCUCUACCGAAUCGUUGGAGUAAACUCUAGAGUUCAAAAGCUGUUGAGCAUAUUAAUGGACCCCAAAACAGCCAGUGAAGCAGAAACGGAGAUCUGUGCGGAGUGGGAGAUCAAGACCAUCACCAGCGCCCUGAAAACCUACCUGAGGAUGCUUCCGGGGCCGCUCAUGAUGUAUCAGUUUCAAAGAAGCUUCAUCAAAGCAGCAAAACUGGAGAAUCAGGAGUCGAGGGUGUCCGAGAUCCACAGCCUCGUUCAUCGGCUCCCGGAGAAGAACAGGCAGAUGCUGCACUUGCUCAUGAACCACUUGGCAAAAGUUGCAAAUAACCACAAGCAGAACCUGAUGACCGUGGCCAACCUGGGUGUGGUGUUUGGGCCGACGCUGCUCCGGCCUCAGGAAGAAACAGUCGCUGCCAUUAUGGACAUCAAGUUUCAGAACAUUGUCAUUGAAAUCUUGAUAGAAAACCACGAGAAGAUAUUUAACACGGUGCCCGAGGCGCCGCCGUCCAACUCCCAGCUGCUGUUGUCCCGCAAGAAGAGCACGGACUCGAAGCCGCCGUCCUGCAGCGAGAGACCCCUGACGCUCUUCCACACCGCGCAGCCCGGCGAAAAGCAGGAGAACAGGAACAGUAUCAUCAACUCCAGCCUGGAGUCCGUCAUAUCCUCGAACGCAAACAGCUUCCUCAACUCCAACAGUGCUCCGCAGCCCAGCCUGAACUCGAGUGAUCUCGAACUAGAAGUAAUUAAACCCAACAGGCCAAAUUCACUCUUCAACUCGGGAGCCCCAGACUGUGCCUGCAGUGCGCAGCCUCCAUCGCUCGAGUGGCUCAGGGAGCCGGCAAACAUCUUCAAACGCAGCUCCGCAAGCAGCAGCCUCAGUGGACUCCACAGAUAAAUAGACUCGCGGCUCAGUUGCUGAUGGCAAUGCAUUUAAAAAUUGUGUAUAUAUGCGUGUAUGUGUAUAUUUCAUAAAUCUUUCUUAUGUUGGGUGUAAAUAAUGCUGGAUUUAUUUUAGAUGUGUUUUAUGCUACCAUGAGGUAUUUUAAGAUACAUGAAAACGAAGGAUGCUUGUAGGCCACAAGACCGAUGAUCUUGUUCUGGGAGGGCAGAGGGAAAUUGCAAACUUGCAUUUGAGGGAGAGAUAUUUAAGGCUCUUUGGUCAAAAGGAGAAGUCCGGCGCUGGAAGGGGCCCAGCCUCACCCGGCUCCGCUGCUCGGGGCUGUUGCUCUGGGCUCGCGGAGGGGAAAGGCUGGAGAUGGGUGGUUUAGCUGGUUUUCCACUGUGGGAGCUUUUCAUACGCCCCAGAGUUUGGCAUAACAACUUUUCAGAGCUUUAGCUCUCUUUCACUCUUUAGUUGGCUCUUGGUCUAGAAUCUUUCCACAAACUAAACUUGAAAAUUAAGCCAAAUGUUCUAAUAAAGUCUCCAAUUUUGUGGCUAACCCCAUGCAAACCAGUAGCCAUACGUCAGAAUAUUUCCUACACAUCCAUCCGUUGAAACAAAGACAAUUUGUCAGGUAAAGUGCUCUUUUUACUAAUACGAUCAGAAACGUCUCUUGCUUUUCUCAGCAGGAAUAAAUUGCGUGGUCGCUUUGGACCUGCCGCUUUGGAGGGCACGUAGCUGUGCUUCUUUGGACGCUGCUCCCGCGGGGGCUGAGUGGUCCCGGCCAGGCUGACGCAGGACUUGUCCCUUCCCAGGAAGCUGCAGCUUCUUCCAAGCCGGCUUUGCUCCCCGCAGCUCUGCCCGGCGCUGCCUCUCCAGAGACUUCUCAGAAGUUUCUGCUUCUGAACAGCCCUGGUCUGUUUAUACGAUUUGCUUGGGAAACAUCUAAGGGUGCUUCUCGCAGACUGAAUUAAAUCAGAGUUGUAGAGCUGCAUCCAAGAGAUCUCAAAAAGAGCCUUAAACUUCACCAUCACGUACACUUAAAAGACAGCUUUCUUGAAAGCCCGAGGAAGAAAAUACAGCCAUUGCACUUUCAUUGCUUUCUUAAUUCGUGUAAUUAGUGUGGAGAUAGCUGCAGAGCAGUAUUUUCUUCAGAGAAACUGCCUGAGACAAAUAUUGGCUAAUGGAAAUUUCGCUUUCAAAUGAAGCGGUAUUUGAAGAUGCAUUAAGGCCUUUGUGGGGAAAUGGGUGCAGGAAUCAAAGAAGCUGCAGCAAAGCUUCCCCAGGGCGGCCGGCAGAGCAGAGCGUGUUCUGUUACGGGGCGAAGUGCGGAUCCCCGAGCCGCCGUCGUGCCGGCCAGCCCUCCUCCUUCCCUUUCCCCUUCCCUCCUGCCUUCUCCUUCCAGCGGGCGCCGCGUCCCGGCCGGAGUCGCGCAUCUUGGAGGUGAUCCCGGCCAAAAUCUUCAUGGAGACCUCUGCAUGCAAAACGACAGCGCAUCACGUCCUCCUGCCACCCGUAAAUGUCACCACGGACUUAAUAUCUUUUAAAGCGGCUGCACGCGUUGCCUGCUCCAGGCUCGGGGGGUCCGGGGGCCCCCGCGGCCGGCAGCAUCCCCGUUCCCCGAAAACCCCGGCAGCUUCCCCCGGCGGGGAAAACAGGGCCGCGCGGGCACGGAGACAUCCUGUCUCGCUCUGAAAGAAGAUCCCGGUGCUUAAUUAAGUUCGUCAAUUAGCCGGCGCGCUAAGGCCGCCGCUUCGCCGUGAAGCGGGGUAAUCCAAUCUCUCUGCCGCCGGCUAAUUCGCGCCGGGGCUCCGGGCGCCGGCGGCUGUUGGCGGGGCUCUGCUAAGCCGGGAAUUAUCAGGAGCCCGGGAGCCGCCGCCGGUCAUUCGAUGCCCCGCGGCCCGGCGUCCGCGCAGCUGGCGGGCGGAGGGGAAGAGCCAACCUCCCCCUGCAAAAAAUGUGCAUUGCAUGUGCCAGCCUCCGCCGCGUCUGCUUAGCGGGAGCGGAGAAGCGGCGACGUUUUUAUGCGGCUUGCGGAGGUUUUUCUCCGGAGCGGGAGGGUGGGCUCAGCAAACGGGAUGGGUCGUCGUGCGCUGCCUCCCCGCCGGACCGCUGCGGAGAGCCGGGCUUUGCUGCCGAGGGCUGCUGGACAAAAGCGUUGUCACCAAGUUUGGGGUUUUCCACCCAAAAAGGAAAAAAAUUACAACAAAAUGCAAACUGAACUUCUUCUGAUAACUAUGAUAAAAAUCACAUCUUUUCA